AUGCAGCCAAAGGAUGUUGAGGCAAUACUGAAACCACUGUACGCAAAGUUCGCAGAGUACGACAAAACUGGUGACAGUGAGGCCGCUGCCAAGUUUUAUCAUAGCCAAGGAGUCAUCGUGGAAAAGGGCAAAAAAGCCACUUUCGGGAGAGAAGAGAUUAUUAAAAUGUACAACGAGUUCUGGGAGAAGGUCGGUCCGCACGAAUUUUUGACAAGCAAUGAAACUUACCAGGGUACGGAUGACUACUUGAUGGCUCAGUGCGACGUUUGA